AUGCGAUCACAAGAGCUCUUUCAUCCCGUCAGCGAAGACGAUAUCAAUUUGAGCCCAGAGAGUCUUGACCGUGGCUACGGGUCCGAAGAGCUGUCUAACGAAGGCUCAGACGAUGAAACGGAAGUUACGGAGCCAAUGUGCUACGUUGAUGACCUAGAUUCAAGUGACAGCGACGAUGACAACGAAGACAUUACCUUUGACAUUCCCGACGAUGAACUUCGCAAUAUUGCAGCUCAAGGUUGGAAUAUCUACAAUGAGCAGCAUUCAGGCAAGAUUUCCAUUAUUUUAACUUCGCUUGCCCAUUUGGUAACAUAA